GAGAUGAAUUGCAUUGUAACAGUAUUGGAUAGCGAUCAAGUGGGCACUUAGAGCUAGCUGAUUGCUGAGUAUAUAUCUCUAUCAAUUUUUAAUCGUUGUAACAUUGAUUCUCAGCUCUUUAAAAUGGCAAAGAUUGUUGAAAAUGUGGUAAAGAGUAUUUCAAAGGUAGCUGAAGAUGAUCCAAGGAGAGUGAUUCAUUCUAUGAAAGUAGGAUUAGCAGUAACCUUAGUCUCACUCCUCUACUUCUUUCAACCCCUUUUCCAUGAUUUUGGUACCUCUACUUUGUGGGCUGUCCUCACCGUUGUCGUCGUUUUCGAGUAUUCUGUAGGCGCGACAUUGGGAAAAGGCUUGAAUCGGGUAAUGGCAACAUUAUUAGGCGGAAUAUUAGCAGUUGGGUUGCAUGGAUUGGCAACUCAAUGUGGCCAUAUUGCUGAACCUCUUCUUAUUAGUAUCUUUGUUUUUCUACAAGCUGCAUUAUCAACAUUUGCAAGAUUUUCUCCAAAGAUAAAGGCGAGAUAUGAUUAUGGAUUCCUAAUAUUCAUAUUGACCUUUGCAUUCAUCUCAGUCUCUGGCUUUCGAUUACAAGAGAUUAUAGAUUUGGCUCGGAAUAGAUGGGCAACAAUUGUGAUUGGAGUUUUUAGUUCUCUCCUUAUUUCUAUUUUUGUUUUCCCUGUUUGGGCUGGUGAAGAUCUUCAUAAUCUCAUUGCCAACAAUAUAGAUAAACUUGCCAGUUCCUUAGAAGGAUAUGGAAAUUCUUACUUCAAAAUACAAGAAAAUGCUAACGCUCAAGAUAAUGAAGCUUCAAUGCUUCAAACUUUCAAGACUGUGCUAAACACCAAGAACACAGAAGAUAUCUUGGCUAAUUUUGCGAGAUGGGAGCCGAGUCAUGGAGCUUUUAGGUUCAAACAUCCGUGGAAACAAUACCUAAAUCUAGGUGCCCUUACUAGAGAAUGUGCAUUUAGGAUCGAUACUCUUGACAAACAACUUAAUACAAAUUUUAAGAAAAUAUUGAAAUUUGAUGAUGGGAUUAAAGAGGAAUGUAAUAAAAUUACAUUGGAGGCAAGCAAAACCUUAAAAGAGCUAUCAACUACCCUGAAAAAUACCUCACAGUCCGCUCCAUGCAUAGCUCAUCAGGUUGCAGAAUCCAAAGAUAAAAUAAAAUGUUUAAAGGAAGUAAUUUUGAAAUCAAUGGCCAAUUUGUCAGCAGACUAUGAGAAGCUCCAGGUGGUCAUUACAGAAAUCACAAUUGCAACAAUAUUGAAUGACAUUCUAAAUUAUGUUGAAAAAAUGGUAGAUUGCAAUAGAGAGCUGGCUUUAUUAGCAAAUUUCAAACAAGACAAAGAGUACAACUCACCUGAUUCUGAAUCAAAAAAUGAUAUUCCAGCAGUCGAAAAUUCGGGUUCUUUGAUUAGUACUGAGAAUCGAGACAAUAAUCUGAGUAAUGUCACUGUUGUUAAUAGCUCUCAAGUAGUAGCUAUAACGAUCGAGUAAGCAGAUGAUUAUUUGUCAUAAUUGUUCGGAAAUAGAAGCGUUAGCAACUUCAAUAAACAACUCCAAUCGAUGUCUAUGGUUAAGGUGUAUGCCACAGAAGAAGGAUCAUAAUCGUCUCAAUCAUUGGCGUGGUGUAAUGAUGUUGUUCAGUAUUGAUGUGUGUUGAGACAAAUUAAAAGAAGAAUAAAUGAGAAUGGCCGUGCAGUUGUAAUGUCAUAUACUCGAUUGAGCCACAGGCUACUCAUGCACGUGCAGUUGUAAUGUCUUUUUGAUUUGUUUUCUUUUGUAAAUUUUGCUUUUUCAAUCAUCAUUUACAUGUAAUGACGCCCUUGUUCAUUCAUCAAGUGAGGAGGACUUUUUUAGUGAGAGAGAAUCACAAAAUUAGAUUAUAAUGAGAGAAAAUAUAGAGAUUUUUACUUUCUGUAUUAAAAUCAUCAUAUUGUGACCUACUCCAUCAAACUGAGAGUGUCAUUAGAUAUAAUAAAUUACUC